UGCAAAUACGGUAACCAGUUACGUGAUUGAUGAUGGGAAUAAUCGGGUUCGGAGUAGUUGCUCAUUCCACCAACACCGGACAUCGUGGUCUUCGGACGACCAUGCCAGAUUCACCUUUAAAGUCCAUCCUCUCCCCUUUCGUUUUUCUCAACAUUCCCUACAAUCAUGUCUUGGUUCUCCCUUCCUACAGAAAUGCAUCUCGCCAUCGUCGAUGUCCUCGACCACGAUGAAGUCAGAGCUCUCUCUACUGUCGACAGAACGACCUAUGAUGCUUGUGUUCCGUCUUUGUUCAAGUCGGUCACAUUGAAUAGCCACAAUACUCUCGAGCAAUUCCUUGGAAAUGUACCCAAGGAUUAUUGCAGAUAUAUCCAGUCAGUCCAGGUCGACCUCAAGCGUCUGGACUCCAACGGAAGUGGAAGGAAGGAGCGAACCAAAAGUCUGGUAUCACUUCUUCAGGCUUGCCCCCGCUUGAAUGUACUGGACGUACGGAACGCAGGGUAUCUUCACCCCGAUAUCCUAUCCUGUGCCCUUCCAUCCCUAAGGAGUCUCAUUUUGAGCCAUUGGGAUCCCGAGGAAAUGAUGCCUCUGAGUGAACGCCUUAUCGUUUCACUUGCAGCAUCGCUUCCGAUGUUGAACCACCUUUCUAUUAGCGGUGCUACACGAAGUGCCCUCCAUGCUCCAGACCUCGUUGGUGUCUACCCACCCGUCCCUCUUGUCAUCGGAGACAGUGAUAUCCCAGCUCACCCCAUCCUCGGAAACGAAUUGAGUCUCCCCAGUCUGCUCAGACUUACCGGGCUCCGAACCCUCAGCAUCAAAGACACGCACCUCGGAGAUGCUCGCUGGGACACGGAGCAAGUCUGUUGCCAAUUAGAGCGCGUCGAUUUGAUGGGCAGCUGCGAGGAAGGUUGGACUGAACGUAUCAUGGCUCGUGUAGGCCGUACCGUGGGCGAGUUCGGCUUAAGCGCCCCGGUUAAACCAGCUAGCGUCAGGGGCUUGGCGUCCUUGAAGAAGCUGCGCAUUGGAGAAUAUUUCCCCGUAGACGACGUAGCUGAAACGCUCGAGGGCUUCGCGGACAGCCCCAUUGAACGCGUCGAAAUGGAGUGCUUCGAGGAAGAUGUCGUCGAUGUAUGCACGGAGCUAGAGGGAUGGUUGCGUGGCAAAGGGGAGGGCCUUUGGCAGAGACUCGAACGCGUGGAUGUCAAGGUUCUCGAAAGCUCGUACGACGACGACGACGAAGAAGAAGAGAAGAUGAGGGAAGCCAUGGGCAAACUCAUGAGAGUAUGCGGCGAGUUGAGGGUCAAAAGCCGCGUCUGUGGCAAGCGCAAUGGCAAGCAACGAAUCCUCUCCGAGAACAUGAGAUGGCCAGAUGGGCGAGUCCGAGCCAACACCGUCUAAUCUGAUUAUCUUUCAACAAACUUCUAUUAUCGGGACUUCAGUUGGACUUGGGUACUGGGUAUCUUUAUUUCUUUCAUAUCAGUUUUAAUAUGUACUACUAUCUAUCUGUACUAUCGAAAUACACCUAGUCGAUAUCUUCACUCUUCAUCUGAAAACUUUUUUAACGCGGUCUACCCGGAGCCUUUCAAUGUCCAGCUUUGACGGACAAUGAGGUAAUACCCUGUGGCGCUGGUAAACUUUACUUGUAAAGUAAGUGGGCACGUGACGUCCUUUCAAUUAGUUCAACACUGAUGUCCAGGGUCUAAUAACCGGCGGCAACGGCAUCCACGAGCUAGUAUAUGUAUUAAA